AUGAGCCUAUUCACUGUAGAACAGCUAGAACUGAUACGACGGCUUAGAACCACGGGUAUCACGGCUCAACAAGUCGUUGAGGCUUUCGAACAGAUGGAACAAAUGGAUACUGACCUGAGUAAACCAUCCGUUUGUGACAACGGGAUUUUACUUUCGGGUAUGCAAGCUUCUCCUGAGUCAGACUCAGCAGCAGAUGACAGUAUCUCAUCACCCGUUCUCUUACAACAUCUGAAAGCACAAGCCCCAGUUCCUGUGACGAUUUCAGCCUCUAAUCCCACUACGUGCUCAUCACCUGAAAGAAUCAGCGUUCAGACUGUACCACCCGCAUCUUCAGCGGAGCAACAACAACAGCAACAACAUUUGAAUCUACAACUGGCUCAACUUCAAAAUGGAGUCGAUUUCAAAAGAGAAAUGUGCAAUUCCAUGUCUGCCUCAUCACCCGUACAACCACUCUCAUCUCCGCUGGCCGGAUCAUCCUUAUCUUCCACACCAUGCUCAGCAUCUUCAAUGCUCUUCAUGCCUAAAUUCGAGAAUCACUCAGGCGGUCGUCCUAUUCGUAGUAUGAGGACUCCAAUUAACGAUAUUAUCGUCUUGGAUGAUCCUUCAGAGCUUGUAGAGUUCAUGGAGCAAGGAGAAGAAGGCUGCAUAUCAGAUAUGAAGCAAUUUAUUAAUCAAUAUUCACUUCGUCAGACAACUGUUGCAAUGAUGACAGGAGUUUCGCAACCUUAUAUAUCGAAGUUACUAAACGGUAAUCAUCGUGAGCUAUCAUUGCGUUGUCGCAAAAACAUUUAUUGCUGGUAUCUCAACUGUCGCAAACAUCCAGAGAAAUUAGCUGCAUUCCUGUCCGAUCCGGCCACUCGUCUCGAAACUAAUGGGGAUGGAGAACUGAUCCCUCAACGACGAGAACGAUAUGUCUUCCGGCCUGUGUUGAUCAAAAUGUUGGAGACGUUCUUCUCACAUACACCAUUUCCGGAUCUGAACAAGAGAAUAGAAAUUGCUACGACUUGCAAUCACGCCUUACAAUUAGACAAAAAAGGCGUUGGAUUGAUGCCCAAAGAAGUCGUUUCUCCACAAGUUGUGGCUAAUUGGUUUGCCAAUAAACGAAAAGAACUUCGUAGAAGGUCUCAAGAGAACCAAGAGAAUAAGCCUCAUAUGAUGGGAUCUCUCGGUUUAUCAGCUCAAUCAUCCACUCCAUUGCAUGAUGAAGGAAGCUCAGGAUGUGCAUCGACACCUUCACCCUCUAUAGAAGACACUAAUAUGAGUGAAAUUAGCAAUGAGCGUACAUUGUCAGACGUUUUGGGAUUGAACAACAGCCAACCUUUUGAUAUGAUGACCCUAGUAUCAAGACUAGGUCUUCAGUUACCAGGAAUGCAAUCCGCAAUGCUCUCCAGCCCAACGAGAUCUGUUUCACCUGAAAUGUCUCCCACUGUUUUGCCUGUCAAUGCUGCCACUUCCACUACACCAUCCACAUCUGCGAGUAGUAUCCCUAAAGGCGAUAUAGAAACUAUAGCAACUCACCUCCUCAGCAAUCAACAGGUCUCUUUGGCGACAUCGUUAGCAAUGCUCCAUCCAACGCUGAGCAUGCUAUCAAAUGAGACAAGCAAAGCUCAGUUCGAUCUGGGAAACUUAGCUAUGGCUUAUGAUCAGCUACGAAGCCCGUUGAUCAAAUUGGAACAACCAGUAUUCAAGUUGGAACAACGUAUCGAAUGA